UAAUUUAGGUGGUAAUAAAUGAUUCAUAGGUUAAUGUCUUAUGGUAGAAUAUCUAAAGUGAGUUAACAAGUACUCACAAACUCACUGAAUAAAACAUCUAGAAGCUAUUUUAGUUAGGUACCUUAGCAAGGUUCUUCAAACACUGAGCUUGUGAAAAUUUUUGCAGCAUUUUUCGGCAUAGUUGGUUUGGGUACUGGUGGAUAUGUUGCCUAUUAAAAUUCUCAAAAAACAAAACAUUUAGAGGCAAAAUCAAAAUAGACUACCAUAUCCAAUGAAACUAUUGACAAUUUGAGAUAAAAAUCAAUAGAAAAUGAAGAAUAAAAAAAGGAAGAAAUCAUAACCAUGUUUUCGGAUGUUAAUGACAGAAUGCUUAGGUAUAGAGGAGAUCCAACAAGUGAGAAGAUGCUUGCUGAUUUUACAAUUUAUGGGGAUUUGAAAUGGUUUGAAGUUGAUCCUGAAGAAUGGGAGAAGCCAGAAGAAGAUAUGAUUAUGAAAGAUGAGAAUGAAAUAAUUAAACACCCAAUUAAAAAAGCAUUGAUAAAUGAAAGAAUCACUCAUGCCUUUGAAGCUGAAAGAAUAUUGCAAAGUAUUUUUGUAAAUGUAAAUGAUGUACUAUCUGAAAUCGAAAAGACAGGAACAUACACUCCACCAGGCAUUUUCUUUAGAUUUUAUGGUUAUGUGUACUUCCAAAUUAGAAGAAAACCUAUUAAUGUGGAAAAUUUGGUUAAGGCCUAAAAAUAUAUUUCUCUAUUUGAUUUAUUCUUCUAAUACUAAACACCUGUUUUGUAUUAUCAUAAUUAGUAUCUUGAAAUACCCUUAAAACCUGCUAUUUUUGAUAACAUAGAUUGGUUACCAAAUGCUUAUUUAAAUUCUAAACAAUAGGCAAAAAUCUACCUAACUGGCAAACCAAAGCACGUGUUUUCAAUGAGAAUCAAAUAAGGAACAAUUGAUGAAUCUACUCAAAGAUUUGCAUGGACAAACCAUUACAAAUGAAGAUUUAUACAAUACAUUAUAAGCAAUAUUAAAAUUCUUAGAUUAA